GACAUCAAGUUAAGCAUAAAAGCAGGGCUCUUUCUGGAACUUCACAAAAUCUUCCUCUGACAUUCUGAAGGCAACAAUCUGAAAACCAAGUUUCAUCAUGGCAAUGCUGAGAAGUCUUCUGCUUCUGUUUACUGUGUUCUCCAUGGGGAACGCAGAAGUUAAUUCAUUUAAAAAAUGCCCCUAUGGAUGGAGAAAUUUUGGAGUCAAAUGCUACAAGUUCUUCUCUCAGGGGGUCAACUGGGUCACAGCAGAGAAGAGCUGCCUAAGUCUGGAUGCAAAUCUUGCGUCUGUACACAAUAAAAUAGAACACGAUUUUCUUCUGAGUCUGUUGCCUUCUUCCACACGUUGUUGGUUUGGUUCUCACGAUGGUAACCAUGAAGGAGAGUGGUUGUGGACUGAUGGAUCUCCAUUUGACUACACCCUCUGGGCCCCUGGACAACCUGACAAUCUGCAUACCGAGAACUGCGGGGAGUUCAACUUCGACUAUAACCGCUGGAACGAUGCAGACUGUUUAACCUCACUGAGUUAUGUUUGUGCCAAAUACCUGUGAGAUCACAUGCAGUCAUCCUGCUCCACUUAUUUUGAUUGUACUACAUUUACAUGUUCUGAUCUUAUCUUUACAAGUUUCAUUCUGAAAUUAAACUUUUCUUAAAUAUUUUCUCAACUUUAAUCUCUUCUCAAUACUGAAACACUUCUCAAAUCAAUAAAGGCA